AUGUCUUGGCACAGUCUACCCGCCUGCUUUUUACGGAGCAAGUGUGUGGUCUGCGAGCCUACUGUGCUGAGGCAAGAGGAAUGUCUCCUUGGAAGGACUGAAUGUGGUGCUGAGGGGAGCGGCAUCACUCCCACUCAGGGGUGGAUGUGUGGAGACGGCCUGCUGUCGAAUGGCGGAGUUCUCUACAGACACCAGCGGAAAGGAAAACUGAGCUCCGCCGCCAAGUGCUCUUCAGAGUUUGGCAAGGUAGUGCUCGUUCCCAUGGACACUUGCAGCUUCCUGGAGCUCACGUUCUCCUGA